AUGUGGGGAUUAAUCCAGGGCUGCAGCCGUGGUGAGGGCUGGGCCGCUGGCCAAGCCCCAGGAGAAGGGCACAGGAUCCUGGCCACCUGUCCGGGAACAGGUACAGAAGCGCCCGGAGCGGCGGCUCCCUCAGGCCUCCUUCCCCGGCCGGGGCCGGCCGCCGAGCCAAUGCUCUUUUCAGGAAUCGCUCGGAGACGUCCUAACGACUGGCAGCUAAACCACCGCGGGCAGGAGCUGGGCAGACGCGGGGCCUGUCUGCCAAGUCCCAGAAACUGCUCCCGCAGGAAGCGGCAGGGGCCGGGGGCCACAGCCUGGGGCGGCGGGGGCGGGGGCGGGCUCCACCAGGCUCCCUCUGCCCACACACAGCCCAGCGCCAGGCAAGGGGAAAACUCCCGGGUGGAGGGCAGCCGGGCACCCCCACCCCCCAGCCCCCAGCCCCAAUCCCCAAUCCCGGGGCCUCUCCAGGGAUCUUCCCGGGCCAUUCCAGGAAUCCGGUGCCCUCCGCAGAAUCCCGACGACUCUCCCCCAGCCAGAGCUAACCCGUGUCAAACCUGCUCCCGCGCUCCGGGCUCGGCGUGCGGCGGCUCCGGCGGAGGAGCCCGGGGGUCUGCCGGCUCUCGCCUAAGGGUGCGCACGGGGAGCGCACUGGGGGGUGGGGGUGGCGCGGAAAGCCCCCGAGCCCCGCGGGCUCGUGCCCCCCGAGCGGUGCCCGGCUGGCCCCCGGGACCGGCGGACGCCCGCCCCCCCCAGCCCCCCCCCCGGGCCAGCGGCGCUCCUCCCCCACCCCCCGCGGGGAGAAGAGGAACCAGCCGGGGCCAGACGGGCAGGACGCGGGCGGCCGAGACCCCCGGGGCCCCUCGGCGUCGGCCCCACCCCCCACCCCGUCAUCCCUCAUCCUGCCAGGCGGGCGUCGGGGGUCGGCGCGGGGCCACCCCCCGGGCUGUCAGGCUCGGCCGCCCCACAAAAGCCACAAAGGCCCGGGCCGGGCCGAGCGGGCCGGGCGGGGGGCUCCGGCCGGCCUGGGCCCUUUGUGAGGUGGGCACCCCGACCCCUCCCUCCUCCUCCUCCCCCCCCGCCCCUCCUCCUGCUCGCUGCCCGCCGCCCGCGGGCGCGAACAAAGCCCGGACCAGGGGCACGAAGGACGGGCCGGGCCGGACGGGCCGGGGGUCCCCAGCGCUCCCCCAGGCCCCGGGGCCAGGGGGGGGCGGCCCCGCGGGGAGCGCGUGGGUCCGGACACACCCCCCGGGUCGGGUCCCUCGCGCUAACGCCCCCCACCCCGCACACACGCGCGUGCGCGCUAGCCACACGCCCCGCGGCGCGCGCCCGCCCUACGCGCGCCCUCCCCCCCGCGCGCCCCCGCCCCUGCUCGCGCCCGCCCCGAGGAGCCCCCGUUCCUUACCUCGUGUGCAUCGGUCCCGCCGGCGGCCGCGCGCGGCGGCGGCGGCGGCUCCCUCGCCCGGCCCGGCCCGGCCUGGUCCCGCCGCCUCGGCCCCCUCGGCCUCGGCCCGCGCCGCCUCCGCCCGCGCCCCGCGCCCCGCGCCCCGCUCCGCGCCCGCUCACGGCCGCCCGCCCGGCGCCAUCUUGGAGGCUGGUGACGUCGCCGCCGCCCGCUCCUCACCCCUGACCCACAGCGCGAGCCGCGAGCCGCGAGCCGCAAGCCGGGAGCCGCGAGCAGCCGCGGGCCGGGUGGGGCGGGGCUAG